CAAACGUCAUUUCUCAUUUCUGCGUACAGUUUGAAAAAAAAGAAAAUUGAAAAUGUCUGGAACUGCCGUUGCUAAAUUGUCUGAGCAGCGUAAGUCCUGGCGCAAGGAUCAUCCUUUUGGCUUUGUGGCCCGUCCCUGCAAGAAACCUGAUGGCACUUUGACCCUUUUCCGCUGGGAGUGCGAGAUCCCUGGCAAAAAGGGCACCGACUGGGAGGGUGGCGUCUACAAGCUAAUCAUGCACUUCACAGACGAUUUUCCAUGCUAUCCGCCGAUCUGCAAGUUUGAGCCUGCCCUUUUUCAUCCGAAUAUCUUUCCAUCGGGCACCGUCUGCCUGUCGCUGCUGAACGCCGACCAGGGCUGGCGCCAGGACACGAGCAUCAAGCAAAUCCUGCUGGCCAUCCAGCAGCUGCUGGACGAACCAAACAUUGUUGACCCGGCCCAGGCCACUGCCUACACCAUUUACAAGUUCAAUCGCUUGGAGUAUGACAAGCUCGUGCGUGGCCAGGCCCGUGCCAUGACCCCUAAAGCUGAAGCUGCAAACGACGCCAAAGCUGAAGCUACAACCGAUGCCAAAGCCAAAGGCAAAGCCGAAGGCAAAGCCGAAGGCGAAUCUCAAGAACAGCCAUUAACCAAAUCAAAUGAUUAAACUACAAAUAUAAUUAUACUAAAAUUUAAUAUUAACGAAAUUGGAGUCUGCGCUAACAUGCAAACAGAAUAUAAAUAAAGAUUCCAUUUCGAAUAGAAUAC